AUGUCUACUCUAGAUCCUGGACGUGUGCUGUCUGUGCAGUCUCACGUCGUGUCGGGAUAUGUAGGUAAUAGAGCUGCUACCUUCCCUCUUCAGACGCUUGGGUAUGACGUGGAUGUAGUGAACACAGUGCAGUUCUCUAACCAUACUGGUUACGGUUACACCAAUGGUCACAAAACAACGCCUGAACAACUGACGGCCAUCUUUGAAGGUCUCGCUACGAAUGGUCUAGUGUCGCAUUACCGCGUCCUGACAGGCUAUGUGCCAGGUGCUGAAGCCCUCACAGUGGUUGCUGAGCAGAUAAAGAAGAUGAAGGAGGUUAACCCAGAAAUCUUAUAUGUACUGGAUCCUGUCAUGGGGGAUAUGGGCACUGGUCUUUACGUGUCAGAAGAUGUAGUGCCGAUAUACAAGGAUAUGCUAAGGAUAGCUAGUAUAAUAACGCCAAAUCAGUUCGAGGUAGAAUUACUAUCAGGAAUCAGUAUCGUUUCUAUGGCCACCCUUCACACCGCUCUUCGUCAGCUUCACACAUCCCACUCCCUACCCCAUAUCGCUUUCUCAUCCAUACCGCUCCCAAUCUCACUUGUCACCAAACUCGAUCUACCCUCUCCACCGCCCUCCUACAUGUGCCUGCUACCUGAUCCCAUACCACCAUGGUACGAUGCUGUAGGUGUAGGAGAGCCAGAAGACGAGGUGCUUGUCUGCUUCGCUAGCACAUGGGAGGACGAGAAGCUGGAAACGUGGGCAUUCGCCCUGCCCACCAUCCGAGGAUAUUUCUCUGGAGUAGGUGAUCUGUUCUCCGCCAUGGUGUUGGCCCACUUCAAGAAUCCCGAAUCUCAGUCGGAUCUACCCCCUUUACCUCAUGCUGUUUCCAAAGCCCUUCUCACCGUACAACAAAUCCUGCUACGGACCCACCUCUACUCUUUGAUACAGACUGGCACUUCUGGUACCGCAACUCCCCGACCGCUCCAUCACUCGUCUAGCGAACACCACGGUUCAGUCAUACCUUCAGAUGCUGAGCUCGAUGCCAUCGGUCCGGUGAACCCCAAAGAUCCCAAACGGAAAGCCAAGCGAAUGAGACUAAGGGAGUUGCGGGUAGUGCAGGAGAGGAAAUUGAUCGUUGAUGGAGGACAGGGCUGGCCUGGUAAAAGAUUAGAUUGGCAGAGAAUUUUGGGACAUGGUAUGUAA